UACGAUUAGAGUUACAGCAAAUGAGGAAUUUAGGGUGAAAGUGCCGAGCAGCCGGAGCAGGCUACCAUCCCACGCACAUGCUCGACCAAUCGUCACGUUAUCCUUCAGGCGCUUUUUUCCGAGCAAUAUUUUACUUCUCUGUACUUACCAUCCCUGUAAUUCAGAUCUAACCCUCCACUUUUCCAAAUUACACUGAUCUCAGAACCUCAUUUCUUCCUCCUCUAAUGGAGGACGCUUACGCUAGAUCCGUUUCAGAGGUGCUUGAAUACUUCGGCGUGGAGCAAUCCAAAGGUCUUACAGAUGCACAGGUUGUACAAAAUGCAAGAUUAUAUGGAAGGAACGUGCUGCCUCAUGAGGAAAGUACUCCUUUCUGGAAGCUGGUGCUAAAACAAUUUGAUGAUUUGCUGGUUAAGAUAUUAAUUGUAGCUGCUUUCAUAUCGUUCUUUUUGGCAUUGGCUAAUGGAGAGACAGGGUUAUCGGCCUUUUUGGAACCUUCUGUUAUCUUGAUGAUAUUGGCUGCGAAUGCUGCAGUAGGGGUAAUCACAGAAACAAAUGCUGAAAAGGCUCUCGAGGAACUACGUGCCUAUCAAGCUGAUGUUGCUACUGUUCUUCGUAAUGGUUCCUUCUCAAUAUUACCAGCUACAGACCUUGUCCCUGGGGAUAUUGUAGAAGUCAGUGUGGGUUGCAAAGUUCCAGCAGAUCUGAGAAUGAUAGAGAUUUUGAGUGAUCAACUGCGUGUUGACCAGGCAAUUCUUACAGGCGAAAGCUGCUCUGUCGAGAAAGAGCUUGAUGCAGCAACUACUACCAAUGCAGUGUACCAAGAUAAGACGAACAUCCUCUUCUCAGGCACAAUAGUGGUUGCAGGGAGGGCAAGAGCUGUUGUUGUUGGGGUUGGCUCAAAUACUGCAAUGGGCAGUAUACGUGAUUCCAUGCUAAAAACUGAAGAUGAAGCGACACCAUUGAAGAAGAAGUUGGAUGAAUUUGGUACUUUUCUUGCAAAGGUCAUUGCAGGUAUUUGUGUAUUGGUUUGGGUUGUAAACAUUGGUCAUUUUGGUGAUCCUGCCCAUGGUGGCUUCCUACGAGGUGCAAUACAUUACUUUAAGAUUGCAGUUGCACUUGCUGUUGCUGCAAUUCCUGAAGGGCUUCCUGCAGUUGUUACAACCUGUCUGGCUCUUGGAACAAAAAGAAUGGCUCGGUUAAAUGCUAUUGUCAGGUCCCUACCAUCAGUAGAAACCUUAGGCUGCACAACUGUGAUUUGCAGUGACAAGACUGGCACUUUGACUACAAACAUGAUGUCUGUGUCAAAGAUUUGUGUGCUUCACUCUGUGAGUCAUGGUCCAGAUGCUGUUGAGUACUGCGUUAGUGGCACAACAUAUGCUCCCGAGGGAUUUAUUUUUGGCAGCACAGGUGUCCAGCUUGAGAUUCCUGCACAAUCUCCUUGCCUCCUCCAUAUUGCAAUGUGUUCAGCUCUUUGCAAUGAGUCUGUCUUGCGAUACAAUCCUGACAAGAGGACUUAUGAGAAGAUUGGUGAGUCAACUGAAGUUGCUCUUCGUGUGUUGGCUGAAAAGAUUGGUCUUCCUGGUUUUGAUUCUAUGCCAUCUGCACUAGAUAUGCUAAGCAAGCAUGAGCGUGCUUCCUAUUGCAACCGUUAUUGGGAGAGCCAAUUUAAAAAGGUAUCCUCCUUGGAUUUUUCUCGGGACCGUAAAAUGAUGAGUGUACUUUGCAGCAGGAAGCAGAUGGACAUUAUGUUUUCUAAAGGUGCACCAGAAAGCAUACUUUCUAGAUGCACCAGUAUUCUGUGCAAUGAUGAUGGUUCUACUAUUCCUCUUACCGCAAAUAUGAAAGCCCAGUUAGAAUCAAGAUUUGACAGUUUUGCAGGAAAAGAAACUCUAAGAUGCCUUGCUCUAGCCUUGAAAAGGAUGCCUAUAGGCCAACAAUCUCUCUCCUUUGAUGAUGAAAAAGACCUCACAUUUGUUGGAUUGGUGGGAAUGCUUGAUCCACCAAGGGAGGAAGUAAGAAAUGCCAUCCUUUCAUGUAUAACAGCUGGGAUACGUGUAAUAGUUGUCACUGGAGAUAACAAGGCCACAGCUGAAUCAUUGUGCCAGAAGAUUGGUGCCUUUGAUCACUUGGGAGAUUUUGAUGGACUUUCUUAUACUGCUACUGAGUUUGAAGAACUUCCAGCAUCACAGAAGGUAGUGGCCUUGCAAAGAAUGACACUUCUAUCCAGGGUUGAACCAUCUCAUAAAAGGAUGCUAGUUGAAGCCUUACAGAAUCAAAAUGAAGUGGUUGCAAUGACUGGAGAUGGAGUCAAUGAUGCACCUGCACUCAAGAAAGCAGAUAUUGGGGUUGCCAUGGGAUCAGGAACAGCUGUUGCAAAGAGUGCUUCAGAUAUGGUUUUGGCAGAUGACAAUUUUGCCUCAAUUGUUGCGGCUGUUGCUGAGGGGAGGGCUAUAUAUAACAACACAAGGCAAUUCAUCAGAUACAUGAUAUCUUCAAACAUUGGUGAAGUAGUCUGCAUUUUUGUGGCUGCUAUGCUUGGAAUACCUGACACACUUGCGCCAGUCCAGUUGCUGUGGGUAAAUUUGGUUACUGAUGGUUUGCCUGCCACUGCCAUUGGGUUCAAUAAACAAGACUCAGAUGUUAUGAAGACUAAACCUCGCAAGGUUAAUGAAGCAGUUGUUACUGGGUGGCUUUUCUUCCGAUAUCUAGUUGUUGGAGCAUAUGUUGGGCUAGCCACUGUAGCAGGAUUCAUAUGGUGGUUUAUUUAUUAUGAUAAUGGGCCUAAACUCCCAUACAGUGAAUUGAUGAAUUUUGACAGUUGUUCAACAAGGGAAACUACCUAUCCUUGCAGCAUAUUCAGUGAUCGGCACCCAUCUACUAUUGCAAUGACAGUGCUUGUUGUUGUUGAGAUGUUCAAUGCAUUGAAUAAUCUCAGUGAAAAUCAAUCCCUGCUUGUCAUCCCCCCGUGGAGUAAUAUUUGGCUUGUUGGUUCAAUUAUACUGACGAUGCUGCUUCAUGUACUCAUUCUGUAUGUGCAGCCAUUAUCCGUUCUUUUCUCUGUGACACCCCUUAGUUGGGCAGAGUGGACUGUUGUGUUAUAUCUUUCAUUUCCUGUAAUAAUAAUUGAUGAGAUACUGAAAUUCUUCUCUAGGAAUUCAGGCAUGAGAUUCAAGUUUAGGUUCAGACGACCAGAUAUGCUCCCGAAAAGAGAAGUGCGUGACAAGUGACUGGAUUUUGCAGACAAUGAAAAUUUACAUGGGAGCGCAGAUUUGAUGUUUUGCACAAAGUUGGAAUACAUAUAUAUUUGGUUAUGAAUAUCCUUGGAGGUGAUAAAAGAGGACUUCACAUUACCUAAUCCCAGACAAGUAUUGGCUAA